AGAGUCAGCUAUUGUCGACAAAAGUGUCGUGUCAGAAGUAUGGAGAAAUCGAAGAUUGAUGGCAUCAGAUAACAUGUCGCUUGAAGAAGAGAACUGCACGCGGCCAGCCAUUCAUGAAUUUCCUGAUGAUAUAUUCACAAACAAGCAAAGACAGCAAGGAGGCGUGCUGCUUCAUAUCAUUGGUACUCUGUAUAUGUUCUAUGCCUUGGCUAUUGUAUGUGAUGACUUCUUUGUUCCAUCUUUAGAGAAAAUUUGUGAGAAACUACAUUUAAGCGAAGAUGUUGCGGGAGCCACAUUUAUGGCUGCAGGAAGCUCGACCCCAGAAUUGUUCGCUUCAGUCAUAGGUGUGUUCAUCACUCAUGGUGAUGUAGGAGUUGGAACCAUUGUUGGUUCGGCAGUUUUCAAUAUCCUCUGCAUAAUUGGAGUCUGCGGGAUCUUUGCUGGACAGGUGGUCCGUCUAACCUGGUGGUCCGUGUGCAGGGAUUCAGUCUACUACACACUGUCUGUGAUUGUACUUAUUGUGUUUAUAUAUGAUGAGAAAAUUGUAUGGUGGGAAAGCCUCAUACUCAUCAUUAUGUACUUUUUCUAUAUACUUAUCAUGAAGUUCAAUGUGAAGAUGCAGAAGUUCUUCACGAUCAAAAGCAUGAAUGUUGGGAAUGGCAACACUGUCAAUAGUGAACUGAAAGAUGGUAAUGAAUCUUAUGACAAUAGCUGUGAUGACCCAUCAGUGCCAUUGCUGUGGAAAGUAAAGGGAACGCAACAAUAUGGCCGAAACUCCGUGGUGAUGGUCGACGAGAUAAUUUGUUCCAGUCCUCCGAAAUUCCGUUUUCCUGAAGCUGGCUUACGAAUAAUGAUAACGAAUAAAUUUGGACCAAGGACCAGGCUACGGAUGGCUAGCCGGCUGAUUAUUAAUGAGCGCCAGCGACUGAUCCACUCUGCCAACGGCAAAGUGCUCCAGAAUGGGAAGCAUGAGAAUAUCGAAAAUGGGGCCAUCCAUGUUGAUAACGAAGAAGAGGGACAUGAACAUAACAACCUGUCUCCAUUUUCACCACCAGAUGGAAAAAUGAACAAAGCCAGAUGGAUUGUGACUUGGCCGUUGAUAGUCCUCCUUUUUUUCACCGUCCCCAACUGCAGCAAACCACGGUGGGAGAAAUUUUUCAUGCUGACCUUCCUUUUAUCUACUCUGUGGAUUGCUUUGUUUUCUUACUUCAUGGUGUGGUUGGUUACGAUAAUUGGAUACACUCUGGGGAUCCCAGAUGUUAUCAUGGGCAUUACCUUCCUAGCGGCAGGAACCAGCGUACCAGACUGCAUGGCCAGUUUAAUCGUAGCAAAACAAGGACUUGGUGAUAUGGCUGUGUCCAAUACCAUCGGCAGCAAUGUGUUUGACAUUCUGGUGGGCCUCGGAAUACCAUGGGGCAUGCAGACUAUGGUGGUCAAUUACGGCACAGCUGUUCAGAUCAACAGCAAAGGCCUAGUCUACUCUGUUGUGCUCCUCCUAGGAUCAGUCGCUCUCACUGUGGGUGGGAUCCACUUAAAUAAAUGGAAACUUGACAAGAAACUGGGCUUCUGUGUCCUCUUUCUUUACGUCAUCUUCCUGUGCUUCUCGAUAAUGAUUGAAUUUAACAUCUUCACUUUUGUGAACAUUCCAAUGUGCCGAGAAGAUGACUGA